CUUGGAUUAUUAUCGAUUGGAAAUAUGUAUAUCGCACGUGGAAAUUACGGAAAUCCGGCCUUGCGAGGAGAAAAUCACCGAGAGAAUUUUCCUACGAGCGAAAGCUGAUGAACGAUGCAGAACUUGUCAGCUCGGAUGCACGCGAUAACAUGCAUGCAAGUAAUAUAGAAACCGACUAUUAAUGGUGAACGCAUAGGAUGCAUCAGAAGUCGUACACUUUCCGUCGAGUGCGCGUAUUAAAAAUAAAAACAUAAAUAGGUUUGAUCUCGUAAAUCUUCCAGAUGUUAUACCGUUAGAAUUAAGAACUGGACAAUUGUCGAAAUAAGUUAAGUUUUCGAAAUCUAAAUUUUGAUAUUUCGUCAAUAAUAAUAAUAAUAAUAAUCUUUGAUAUUAUCUUAAUAUUAAUAUUUUUAGUGCCAUUUAGUUAGUUGCUUUAGUCAGUGCCAUUAGUUUCUGUUACCUCGAAUGUUAUUCGAGAUAAUAGAAUCGAUAAUAUUGCAUUAUUGUAUACAAUGUAUCAUCUAUUCCUCCAACGAGGACAAAUACAACAAUAUGUGAUAAAUAGUGUUUACGACGGUAUAAGUUUGCUUCCCCGAGUCAAGGUUGAUCGAAGAUCUUACGAUUGACAAACCGAACUCACGGUUAGUACGAAAGCACGGUCGUUAUCGCCACAAUAUCUGACGGCUAUUUCCAAGAACAAUGUCCACAAUGAAGAAAUUAUUUAAAAAGUUCAAACGGGCCAGAGUAACAACUGCGCGGUCGAGCAGAAACGUAACGUCCACAUCACCGAUAUCGUCGCAUGGUGGUUUUAACGAAUAUUACCGCAACCUGUUACAACAAUUCGCGAACCACUGCCAGACGUCGAACAGGGACGUCACCGAUCCGGACUGGCUCGUUUACCAACGUAACGAGCAAAACGCCGAACUCUCCAAGAAGAAGAACAACAAGGAGAAGCCGGAAUACUCGCAAGUAAUACCGGGUAUACCGCACGUGCAGUCCUCCGAGAUACUCGAGAUUGGACCGGUGGCGGGCGCGGAGAACCGAUAUCUCGAGCUGAUUUCCGCGGAAUGGCGCAAUACGAAGGUGUCGCUGAAGAGGCACACGUUCAAGGGGUGCCAGGAUGCGAUAAGAGCGGACAUGGAAGUUCUCAGCGAGAUUCGGCAUCCCAACAUACUGCUGUUGAUGGCCACGACGCACACGAAUGAGCACGGCCUCGUCUCCGUCUUCGAGCCCGUCCACUGCACGCUGUACAAUUACAUCCACGUGCAGGGCGAGCGCAUGAACAUACAAGGAACCAUACAGAUCGGCAUAAGACUGGCGGACGCGCUCAAGUACUGCCACAUGCGCGGAUACGUCCACGGGGGGAUCAGCUCGCACUGCGUUUACCUCACCUCGGACGCGACGGUCAAGCUCGGUGGAUGGGAAUUGGCGAGGAAAGCGGAAAACAUUAAUAUAGAACGCGAUUUCGAUAAAUACUUGAAAAUAGAGAUUGACAAAUGGCACGCACCGGAAACGUCUUACGGACAUUUAUACUCCACUAAGAAGAGCGACGUCUACUGCUUAAUGCUGUUACUUUGGGAAAUUUGUACCGGGUGCGUACCAUGUGACGGAAGCGAUCGGUCGGACGUGGAACCCGAGUACGUGACGCGGAAUCGUAGUGUGAGUUUGCGUAAUGUUCCUUCUCUGCUUCGUAAAUUGCUGGAAACUGGAUUGCAAUCUGACGUGGCGAACCGAACGUUGGACAUGGACAAAAUAGGGAGGGAACUUCACAGGCUGCUGGUGAUACACGAGUGUGAGAAGAAGAGCGCAAACGAAAGCGAGACGAACAAUAAUGACUCUUCGUAUCUUAAACACGAGGACAUCCUAAACAUGAAGACCUCCUCGCCCGUGUCGUCCACGAAGACCAAAGUGGAUGCAAAUUCGUCGCACUCGCCCGCGACAAAAUCGAAAGAAUCAAUCCACCAGUUUUUCACGCCCGGGAAGCAACAACGCAACAACGGGGACUCGAUCUCAAAGGAUGGAACGGAGAAACCGGGCACGCCUGCAAUCGGUAACGGCAUUGCGAAGGAUUCCGCCUCGUGCACCAAUUGCGCAGAGAUUUUCAACAUAGUGCAAGACAUCGAUGAGGGAAGCAACGCGCGAGCUGACUUAAAGCGACUGAAACAACUGAUAGCUAGCCGAAGGAAACGCUUCUUCUUGGGAACCGACUCACCUUCUUCAGAAACGAACUCGAAAGUUACGAACGCGCCCUCGUUGAAAAAGAGCAGCAGUUGCGACUACAUAACGUGCAAACCAGCUAGCCACACAACCGCUAUAGAGCCCAGGUUUAACAGGUCGCUCAACGAUUUCGACGGAAGUACUUCAAAAUCGUCGUCAUGGACGCUACAGCGGAAGCCGCCGUACAUGACCAUGCCUGCGUGCAUUAAGGACGCAAUAGUGCAGCGUCAGGUGUUGCAUCCCGAUACCAAAAGCUUCUACGAGUCGAUAUUGUGGAGGAAGGAAAAGGAGAUUUGCUUGUCGCGAAUGGGACGUGACAGUAAAAAAAAGGACGAAAAGAUUUCGUCGUCAUUGCAACGAUGCGUUAACAACGGCCUUUCCAUCAUUGGCGAGGACAAAGCGCAAUCUCCCAGACAAGCUGCAACGCAUAUCAAUGAUACAUUUAUUAUUGAAACUGCGGCGAAAGAUAAUAAUAUCGAAGACACCGAAGAGUCAGUAUCAAGAGACGUGAAGAAUGCGUCCACGAGGCUUCCAUCUGCAAAUAAGUCGAUACAGGACCUGAAGAAUGCCCUCGAACGCGCCACGGAGAUAAUACGCUCGAUAACACCCACGCGAGUAAAUGAUUUCGACUUGGGCGAGAAACAAGAAUGCGAGAGUGCGUACGAGGACCUGUACAGCAGCGAGGAUAUUCCAGUCACCGAAAGAUCGACGUCCGACAAGAGCUUUUCGUACACGAACGGGCACGCAAGUACAGAAAGUAUUGAAGCCACGGAAGGGAGACGGGACUUUAACCAGACUCCGAGCUCGGUGAAUGAAGAUAAGAAGCUCAAUUCUCUCAAGAUCACGUUCACGAGGACGUCGAAGACAUCUCCGAAACCAACGCAGAAUAAACAGUCGACGGAUUCGCAGGAAGCAGGCCGAAAGAACGAGACAGUCCUCGCAAAUGGCACUGCCGCGAUCCGCCAGCGAACCAAAGCGGAUUUUCACGAAGAGAGAUACGCGAAUGUAUCUCUUCCCUUAAACAACGUGCGAAAAAUCAGCGCGCAGAGAAGCGUGUCCUGGCCAUCCAGACUGAAUCCCGUGAAAACGGAUUGCCUGAAGGCUGCUCGUAAAAGUGAUCCCCCGAGCACCCGAUGUAUCACGGAGGACUUGUACAUCGACGAUGAAUUCGAGAACACGAAUUUGAAUUACAAUCUUGUUCUCUUAGGCGAUGAUUACGAGUACUUGACGGAUUCUGUGUCCCUCGACGAUCAAAGACUGCUACAGUCCACAGAAUUAUAAAUCGCCGCACCGCGAACCCGCGACUUGUUCAUUCAUUCAUUUGUAAAGAACUCGUGUUUCUCGUAUUUUUUAAAGUUAUUUAUUCCGUUUUAUUCUGACGACAAUCAAAUGCAAUGUGGAUCUAAUUUAAUAUUCAACCGUUCAUUUCCAGUCGAGAUUACUACUAAGCUGGUGAUAUACAGAUUGCAGUAGUUGACAUUACGAAUCCCCCGUAGCAUUUUAAACAGCAUUUCACCCAGCAUUUUCGAGCAUUUUGACAACAAUGUAUUUAUUAAUAAUCGUAAAUAAUCGCUCUGAAUGUUUCAAUGAAAUUCCAACGAUCGCAGCGUUAAAGAUUUACACAUUGAUAUCAAUACUGUUAAUUAAAAGCUAAUAGAAACCAUUCACAAACUCUGAAACAUUCAAGAAUGAACCAUCAAUCACGUUAUAGAAUUUAAGUUUUACGAAUAUAAGUAAUCUAAAUGUUGUACAAAAUGUUUCGAAAGAGAGAAAGAGAAUCUGUGUAAUCGAAGAAAAGAGAUCGUUUUUCGAGUACCCCGAGGCAAAGUACAUUGCCGUGCGAACGUAGCACAUCAUCUUGGUUCACUCGCUCACUGACGAAACGAUCCUUUUUCGUCGAAUAUGAAUUCUUUAUUAACGUUUAUUUAAAAUGUUCAUACUCUGUUGUUCGUGAAAACAUUCCACAUACGAUCCCAGAUGAUUCGCCGAACGCUUACUUUUAUACCUAACGUGCACAAUGAUCUUGUGCAAUAACGAUACAAGAAUCACGAUCGUUUUGUUGCAUUUAUUAUUUCGUAAAAGUGCUAGUGUAUAAAUAGAGUACUGUUCCUGAUAAAAGCAUAAAUAAUAAGAUAAUUAAAUAUAUAUAUUUUACCG